AUGAUCACCAGAAUGGAGAAAGUGGCCCAAGACGUGGUACUAGCGGCUGCCAGAAAGGCGGGCGCCGUGCCACAGCGCGCUCUCGACCAACAGACGUUCAAGGAGGCAUUUCUAGCAACGUGGCCGAUCCCCGACAGCGCACGUCCCAUGAACGACGCUAUCAACACCGCCGCCCAAGCAGCCAGCAAUUGUACCGGGCAGGAUUCGAAUACUUGGGAAACCACACUGAACCAAUUCUGGCGCCCGGCAGUGCGGGAAGUAGUCGACGAAUACCUCAGCGCCGCCCGGCACAGCUUCCGUAAGGGCGAGUCCCUAGAGGGCCACGGGGCAACAAGCGCGGUAGGCAGGGCCGGAAGCUGACGCUUCCCGCUUCCUGACCGGCGCUGCACGCAGGAACGCAUGACUCACUCCGGAUACGCUAGACACAAAAGAGAGAGUUUCGCAAUUUUCUAAAGUAAUAGCUGGUGCUGCGUCCACCGCCAGGAUUUCUUGCCAGAAUUCCGCACUCGAUCAGAGCGGCAAUAUCCCUGAGCGCAGUAUCCUGGGAACACCUGGCGAUUCUGGCCCACCGGGAUGACGUCAACUCUCCCUCCAGACCGUCCAGCAGCAGGUUGAGCACCUUACGUUGUCUUUCGUUCAUCGGAUAGUGACCAUGCAUGCCCCAAAAUCUGGCCCUGGUGACCACCGCCGACAGGAUCCCCUCGGAACCGUUUAUGGCACGGCCCAGACAGGCGAGAAACCACUCCAGCCAGGGGGAAACAUCGAGUGUUCCCCUUUGUGUUGUCUCCAAAAUCCGGUAAUAUUCGGACCGUUCAAUUCGGAUCUGCGAUGCCAUGCUGUAGAACCGAUGAGGGCUUUCCUCCGCCCUGGACAACGCCAUGUCAGCGAUUGCCCGAGCGAUUCUGCCGUUCCCGUCCUCGAAGGGGUGAAUUGUUACGAACCAAAGGUGGGCCAGCCCCGCCCUAACCACCUGGUCGAUUUCCGGUUGAGAGUUGAACCAGUCCAGAAAAUGCUCGAUCUCCUCGGCAAGACGGUCCGCACUCGGGGCCUCAAAGUGAACCCGCUCUCUUCCCAUCGGCCCUGAAACGACUUGCAUCGGACCGGAAUGCUCAUCCCGCCACUCCCCGGCGCGGAUGCGCGUCAGGCCGCUGUAUCCCGUGGGAAAGAGGGCGGCAUGCCAACCCAGCAAGCGUUCCUCUGUUAGUGGCCGGUCGUAACUCUGCGUGGCAUCCAAGAGCAUGUCGACCAUUCCAUCAACAUGCCGGUCGGACGGGACCAACCCUGCCACGUCCAUGCCCAGGCGGCGGGCAACCGAUGACCGCACCUGGGACGAUGCCAGCACUUCCCCCUCGAUGUCGCUGCUUUUGACAACCUCUUCGGUAAGGGCGCCCAGCAUAGCUUCCUGCCGCAGGUCGAAACCUAUGGAUUCCAUGUACCCCAAGGAGAAGCCCUUGUUUGAACCUGACUUCAGCCAACUCUUUGACGAUUGUGUCCGAGUUCCAUCGGAAGUUGGGCCACUCAGGCUGCUGAUG